UCACAAGGCCGCGGGAAACCCUAAGCGCCGGUCCCCUCGCUAUAUAAUGAAACGAAACCCCUUGCCCCAGCUCCAUUCACCACCGCCGCACUCUCCGGCCAGACCUUGUGGAUUGGAUUGGAUUGGAGCUCAGUUAGUCAACAGCUCCUGCAGCCAUGGGGAAGGAGAAGGUUCACAUCAACAUUGUGGUCAUCGGCCAUGUCGACUCUGGCAAGUCCACGACCACUGGUCACCUCAUCUACAAGCUUGGAGGCAUUGACAAGCGUGUCAUCGAGAGGUUCGAGAAAGAAGCUGCAGAGAUGAAUAAGAGGUCCUUCAAAUAUGCCUGGGUGCUUGACAAGCUCAAGGCUGAGCGUGAGAGGGGUAUCACCAUUGACAUUGCCCUGUGGAAGUUUGAGACCACCAAGUACUACUGCACUGUCAUUGAUGCUCCUGGACACCGUGACUUCAUCAAGAACAUGAUCACUGGGACCUCCCAGGCUGAUUGUGCCGUGCUUAUCAUUGACUCCACCACUGGUGGCUUUGAAGCUGGUAUCUCCAAGGAUGGGCAGACCCGUGAGCACGCUCUCCUUGCUUUCACUCUUGGCGUCAGGCAGAUGAUCUGCUGCUGCAACAAGAUGGACGCCACCACUCCCAAGUACUCCAAGGCUCGCUAUGAUGAAAUCGUCAAGGAAGUGGGCUCGUACCUGAAGAAGGUUGGGUACAACCCGGAGAAGAUCCCCUUUGUGCCCAUCUCUGGCUUUGAGGGUGACAACAUGAUCGAGAGGUCCACCAACCUGGACUGGUACAAGGGCCCCACCCUUCUUGAGGCGCUGGACCAGAUCAACGAGCCCAAGAGGCCCUCGGACAAGCCCCUUCGGCUUCCUCUGCAGGACGUGUACAAGAUUGGUGGCAUCGGCACAGUCCCAGUGGGUCGUGUCGAGACCGGCGUCGUUAAGCCUGGUAUGGUGGUCACCUUUGGGCCUACUGGCCUGACGACGGAGGUCAAGUCGGUGGAGAUGCACCACGAGGCCAUGCAGGAGGCUCUGCCCGGCGACAACGUGGGCUUUAAUGUGAAGAACGUCGCUGUGAAGGAUCUCAAGCGUGGCUAUGUGGCCUCCAACUCCAAGGAUGACCCUGCCAAGGAGGCUGCCAACUUCACCGCGCAGGUGAUCAUCAUGAACCACCCUGGGCAGAUCGGCAACGGCUACGCCCCGGUUCUGGACUGCCACACGUCCCACAUCGCGGUCAAGUUCUCGGAGCUGCUCACCAAGAUUGACAGGCGCUCCGGUAAGGAGCUGGAGAACGCCCCCAAGUUCCUCAAGAAUGGUGACGCCGGGUUCGUGAAGAUGAUCCCCACCAAGCCCAUGGUGGUGGAGACCUUCUCCGCUUACCCGCCCCUGGGGCGCUUUGCGGUGCGCGACAUGAGGCAGACGGUGGCCGUGGGCGUCAUCAAGAGCGUGGAGAAGAAGGACCCGACGGGGGCCAAGGUCACCAAGGCUGCUGCCAAGAAGAAAUGAUGGAUCCGACUUGUUGGUUAGGCUGCUGCUGCUGCUGCUGCUGGUAUAGAUAUACUCUAGUAUUUAUAUUUUGGGUCAUGGUUACAAAAUUUACAUUACUAUUGUCGGUUAAGUGGUAGUAUGUGUCGGUUGUGUCUGUGACCAUAAAUCAUCAAUAUAUGCCGUGCUUUGUUUA